AGGGGCUACGCCUACUCCAGGCGGCUGUGUCAACGCUUGGGAAAGUCGCAGCGGGCGCCCGACUGCCUCUGCCCUUGAAAGCUUUUCCUGGCGACCAUGGCCGGGUCGGCGGUACUUCUGCGAGGCGGCGUCCGCGGGUGCAGCCCCGUGCUUCGGAGGCUGAUGCAGGAAAUAAGACACGUGGAACGAAAUUAUGGAUCAAAACCUACUUUGAAUGACGUGGUCAUAGUUAGUGCCACGAGAACACCCAUCGGAUCCUUUCUGGGCAGCCUUUCCUCACUGCCAGCCACUCAGCUCGGUUCCAUUGCCAUUCGGGGUGCCAUUGAAAAGGCAGGGAUCCCAAAGGAAGAAGUGAAGGAGGCCUACAUGGGGAACGUUCUACAAGGAGGGGCAGGGCAGGCCCCUACGAGGCAAGCCAUCUUGGGUGCAGGUUUACCUACUUCUACUCCGUGCACCACUGUGAACAAAGUGUGUGCUUCGGGAAUGAAAGCCAUCAUGAUGGCCUCCCAAAGUCUCAUGUGUGGACAUCAGGACGUGAUGGUGGCAGGCGGCAUGGAGAGCAUGUCCAACGUUCCCUAUGUAAUGAACCGAGGCGCAACACCGUACGGUGGGGUCAAGCUUGAAGACCUGAUAGUAAAAGAUGGACUAACUGACGUCUACAAUAAAAUUCACAUGGGUAACUGUGCGGAGAACACUGCAAAGAAGAUGAACAUCGCAAGAGAUGAACAGGAUACUUACGCUAUUAGCUCUUACACCAGGAGCAAAGCAGCAUGGGAAGCUGGAAAAUUUCAAAAUGAAGUUAUUCCUGUCACAAUUACAGUAAAAGGGAAACCAGAUGUAGUGGUAAAAGAAGAUGAAGAAUACAAGCGUGUUGAUUUUAGUAAAGUUCCAAAGCUGAAGACAGUUUUCCAAAAAGAAAAUGGCACGGUAACAGCGGCCAACGCCAGCACGCUGAACGACGGGGCGGCCGCCGUGGUUCUGAUGACUGCAGACGCAGCCAAGAGGCUCAACGCUAAGCCGCUGGCAAGAAUAGCAGCAUUUGCUGAUGCGGCUGUGGACCCCAUUGAUUUUCCAGUCGCACCUGCCUAUGCCGUACCUAAGGUUCUUAAAGACGCAGGGCUGAAAAAAGAAGACAUUGCAAUGUGGGAAGUCAACGAAGCCUUUAGCCUGGUUGUACUAGCAAACAUUAAAAUGCUGGAGAUUGAUCCCCAGAAAGUGAAUAUUAAUGGAGGAGCUGUUUCUCUGGGGCAUCCGAUCGGGAUGUCUGGAGCCAGGAUCGUGGUUCACCUGGCUCAUGCCCUGAAGCAAGGAGAGUAUGGUCUCGCCAGCAUCUGCAACGGAGGCGGAGGAGCCUCUGCCUUGCUCGUCCAGAAGCUGUAGACAACCUCGGUGUGCCAGGAGACAGCCCUGCACAGCUCCUGGGACAGCUUACGUGCAAAUGCUUUAAUUUUUUAUUAUUUUCUAUUUUAACUUUUAAAAAUAAGAAAAAUGAUCACAUCCCCAAACCUCUUGAGAUUACAUUUUUUCUUCUGCUUUAAUUUUCUGGUACUGUCAUUUAAAAGUUCGAUACAUUUC